GCUUAAUACAUAGCCAUGUCCCUGCACUUCUUAUUUUUUGCACCGGAGGUCCCUGCACUUCAUUACCCCUAUUAUAAACCCCUACACUACUUAACUCAUAAGCCCGUGGUCCCUCUGGCCCAGCGAGUGUUGACGCCGUUAGAAUUUCCAUCCAUCUAUUUACACGUCCAAUGGGUGUCCAGUUUGGCAUAAUGACAUGGCAGAAAGCAUUUUCAUCGAGUCUCCUCUUCUCCUUCAUUCCAAGUUGAGCUCUCCUCCAUUCCCUAGCCAUUCUUCAACAGAGCCUCCUACACCUUUGCAAGAACUUCUUAACAACGUGAUGGAAGGUGGUGAUGGUGUUGUUCAUUGUGACUGUGGAAGUCCGGCGCGAGUUAAGGUCUCCACUACUGAAAAGAAUCCAGGUCGAAGGUUCUAUACUUGUGCUGGGAGAAAUAAUCCAAAUUGUAACUUCUUUGCAUGGGUUGACAAAGAUUUGGAUGGAUAUGCACUUAUGAUGGUCACUAACAUGAAGAUGGAGGUGACUCAUCUGAAGAAUGAACGUGAUGCAGCUCUUCUUCAAGCUGGUGAAGUUAGAGCACUAUUGGCAGCUAGGAUCUUAGAGAAUAACUCUCUGAAUGGGGAGGUUGCAGCCCUGAAGGAGACUGUUGACAUGUACAAAAAUGAAAACCAGAUACUGAAGGAAGAAAUGGGGCUUGAAAUGAUGGAAGUGGACACAUUGAAGGAGAGGAUUGAGGAAGUUCAGCUCCAUCAUGCAAAGGCCAAGAAGACUGCCAAAAUGAUGAAGUAUGGAAUUUGUGGAUGUGGGGUAGUCACUGCUGGGGCUGUUGUUUAUGCAUUAUUUCGUUAGGAGUUCUUGUUUAGGUAGGAGAGCAACUUGUUUAGGCAGUUUGAAUGUUGUUUGUUGCUACUCUUCUUUUGUUGGUAGUUUGCUUUUGUUUGGAACAAUAUCUUGUUUAGAAUAUUGAUGUUUGCCAAUCUUAUAAGAUUGGCCUCUUAAUUGGAACUAGUAAUAUGUUUAUUCCCCUUUCA